GCAGGAGACCCCGGCUCUCUGGGGCUCUGCAGCUCCAGGCUGUCUGUCCAGACCCUCAAAGGUCUGGAGAGCAGUGUCUCAUCCCCAAGCCGAGAGCAUGGGGUGUGCUGAUUUAAAAACAGAAAAUGCAAAGUUGGACUGAAAAUAUCCUUAGUCUUCCAAGCAAUCUGCUUAAGGGUUCCAAAGUUACCUUCGUUUGGUGAGCGAGGAGGCUGCCCUAUUUUCCCCCCUUUCUUUCCUUUCUUCUUCUUUUACCACCGGAACCAGCCAUUUCCCAAAGCCGCCACCAUGGAGGUUGCAAUGGUGAGCGCGGAGAGCUCAGGGUGCAACAGUCACUUGCCUUACGGGUACGCGGCCCAGGCCCGGGCCCGCGAGCGAGAGAGGCUGGCGCACUCCCGGGCCGCUGCAGCCGCGGCGGUCGCAGCGGCCACUGCCGCUGUGGAAGGCAGUGGAGGCUCCGGGGGGCCCCAUCAUCACCAGACCCGUGGGGCCUGCACCUCCCAUGACCCUCAGGGUGGCCGCGGUAGUCGGAGGAGGAGGCGACCGAGGCCCGAGAAGAAGAAAGCCCACCACCGGCAGAGCAGCUUCCCUCACUGCUCGGACUUGAUGCCCAGCGGCUCCGAGGAGAAGAUCCUGAGGGAGCUGAGCGAGGAGGAAGACGAGGAGGAUGAAGAAGAGGAGGAGGAGGAAGGGGGAAGGCUGUACUAUAGCGAGGAGGAUCGCGGCGAUGAGUGCUCCUACACGGACUUGCUGCCCCAGGAGGACGGCGGCGGUGGUUACAGCUCCGUCCGCUACAGUGACUGCUGUGAGCGCGUGGUCAUCAACGUGUCCGGCCUGCGCUUCGAGACACAGAUGAAAACCCUGGCCCAGUUUCCAGAGACUCUGCUGGGAGACCCUGAGAAGAGGACUCAGUACUUUGACCCUUUGCGCAACGAGUAUUUUUUUGAUAGGAACAGGCCCAGCUUCGAUGCCAUCUUGUAUUAUUACCAGUCCGGAGGGCGCCUCAAGAGGCCGGUCAACGUUCCCUUUGACAUCUUUACUGAGGAGGUGAAGUUCUACCAGCUGGGCGAGGAAGCCCUGCUCAAGUUCCGUGAGGAUGAGGGAUUCGUGAGGGAAGAGGAGGACAGGGCACUGCCAGAGAAUGAGUUCAAAAAGCAGAUCUGGCUUCUCUUCGAGUAUCCGGAGAGCUCCAGUCCCGCCAGGGGCAUAGCCAUCGUGUCCGUCCUGGUCAUUUUGAUCUCCAUCGUCAUCUUUUGCCUGGAGACUUUGCCCGAGUUCAGGGACGACAGGGACCUGGUCAUGGCACUGAGCACUGGCGGACACAGCGGGUCCUUGAACGACACCUCGGUGCCCCGUCUGGAGAACUCGGGGCACACCAUCUUCAACGACCCCUUCUUCAUUGUGGAGACUGUGUGCAUCGUGUGGUUUUCCUUUGAGUUUGUGGUCCGCUGCUUUGCGUGUCCCAGCCAAGCCCUCUUCUUCAAGAACAUCAUGAACGUCAUUGAUAUCGUGUCCAUCUUGCCUUAUUUCAUCACCCUGGGCACGGACCUGGCCCAGCAGCAGGAGGGCAGCAACGGGCAGCAGCAGCAGGCCAUGUCGUUUGCCAUCCUCAGGAUCAUCCGCCUCGUCCGCGUGUUCCGGAUCUUCAAGCUCUCCAGACACUCCAAAGGCCUGCAGAUCCUGGGCCACACGCUCCGAGCCAGCAUGCGCGAGCUGGGCCUCCUCAUCUUCUUCCUCUUCAUCGGUGUCAUCCUCUUCUCCAGCGCCGUGUACUUUGCUGAGGCGGAUGAGCCCACCACACAUUUCCAAAGCAUCCCCGACGCAUUCUGGUGGGCCGUGGUCACCAUGACUACCGUGGGCUAUGGGGACAUGAAGCCCAUCACGGUAGGGGGCAAGAUUGUGGGGUCCCUAUGUGCCAUCGCGGGUGUCCUAACCAUUGCCUUGCCCGUGCCAGUGAUCGUCUCUAACUUCAACUAUUUCUACCACAGAGAGACUGAAAAUGAGGAACAGACGCAGCUGACACAAAACGCAGUCAGUUGCCCAUACCUCCCUUCCAACCUCCUCAAGAAAUUUCGGAGCUCCACUUCUUCCUCCCUGGGGGACAAGUCCGAGUAUCUAGAGAUGGAGGAAGGAGUGAAGGAGUCUCUGUGUGCGAAGGAGGAGAAGUGUCAGGGGAGGGGGGACGACAGCGAGACAGAUAAGAACAACUGCUCCAAUGUGAAGGCUGUGGAGACCGAUGUGUGAAUGGCUCGCGCUGCCAGCCACGCCCCCUAGCAUCUCCAAAUAUAUUUAUGCAUAGGCAGUGCAGUUAUGAAAAUGAAAUAUGCAAAUGAGUCCAAUGCAUACGGUAGUAGCCAUGGAAUGGUAAUACGUGGCAUAAUUGUUACUAAACUUGUAUCACAUGUCAAAUAAAUGAAACAU